AUGGAUUCAAAUCCUGAUUUACCUUUUAAUACAUCUCAUUAUCCACAUCAUGUUUCUUAUCAUCAUGGUAAUGUAUAUGAUUCUCCAAUUCAACCUCCAUCAUCAGCACCACCACUCAAUUGGAUGAUGAAUCCUCAUCCAUCUCAUGCACAUUUAAUGAUGUCACAUCAUUUACAAGUUCCUCCAUCACAAUAUUCUAAUGGCAUGAAUGAACCACAUUCAAAUUCUUCAAGAGAUGAACAAGUAUCCCCAUUAUCAUCACCUGGAGCAACACCAACAACAUCAUCAGCAGCAUUAACACCUAAUUCUCUUCCAUCAUCACAAUCAACAACAACGAAUACUCAUCAACAUCAUAAUUCAUCAAUAAAAAAAUCUCUUGAUGAUCGUGUUAAACGUCCUAUGAAUGCAUUUAUGGUAUGGUCACGUGGACAACGACGUAAAAUGGCACAAGGAAAUCCUAAAAUGCAUAAUUCUGAAAUAAGUAGACGUUUAGGUAGUGAAUGGAAAAGUUUAAAUGAAGAAGAUAAACGACCAUUUAUUGAUGAAGCUAAACGUUUACGUGCAAUUCAUAUGAAAGAACAUCCCGAUUAUAAAUAUCGACCGAGACGUAAAACAAAAAAUUUACAAACAACAACAUCAACAUCAUCAACAGUACAAACAAAUAAUUCAUCAUUGAUAAAUAAAAAAGAUAAAUCACAUCAUCUUAUACAUCAACAUCAUCAAACAAAUUCAUCAAAUCUUCCACCACCAAGAGGUUCAAGUUGGGCUUUACCAUCAAAUGUUCUUUCAGCAUCAUCAUCAUCACCUUAUUUAACUGAUUGUAAUACACCUUAUACAAUGACAGAUCCAAAUACACUUUAUGCACAUUCAUUUUCAUCGGCACAACAACCACCACAUAUGUAUCAUUAUAUUCCAUCGACAAGUACAAGUCCUCAACCACCACCACCGCAUAUGCAAUAUGGUUAUAAUAAUAAUAUUAAUGGUAAUCAUCCAUAUGCAUAUAUGAAACCUGAAUCUAUGUCAUCUCAACAACAUUUUUAUCCACCACUUUCACAUCAAGAUUAUUCACCACCUGAUCCAUCAUCACCUGAACAGCAUAUGUAA